UCUCACUCUUCCUCGUCGGCCCUCCUUUCCAACAUCCACUCCACACCACCACCAAUUCUUCCCAGUCCUUCCAAGCACCAGCACCAGCACCAGAACCUCCCUCUCCACCCGAUUCGCCAGCACCAGCAAGUUUUAUUGGGAACUCCUGGUGUACAUAGUCGCGCAAAUAAAGCAGAAGAGAAACAGAAGAGAAAGCAAAGCAAGCAAGCAAAGCAAAGCAAAGCAAACAAGCUCAAAGCUGUUCUGACCACGUCGACUUCCUGCGUAAGUGAAGAAAGCAAACACAAAAACGGAACCUGCAUCAUGUCUGCCUCUCCGUCCGCAUUGCAAUCGACCAAGCGUCCCUUGGAGGAUCCCUCCUCGCCGUCCGGUCCCAACGACCAGCCGGAGGCCAAGCGCCCUGCGCUGGACAAAGUAGUAAAGGCCGAUGAGUCCGAGGCGUAUGCCGAUGUGAAGUCGGAGGCGCCCCCCGUCGUGGCCGAUGACCAAGGUGAUGUCGUCGUCCCGGAUGUCCACGCCGAGACGCAGCCGAUCCAGUCGACUGCCUCUCACGGCGAGGGCAGCGGCUCCCAGGCCGACCAGCACCGUUCCCAGGACGAGUCGAGCUGGAUCCACAUCCGGGCCGUAAUCUCCAGCCAGGAGGCUGCCACCGUCAUCGGUAAAGGUGGGGAGAACGUAUCCCAGAUCCGUCGUGCGUCAGGCGCCAAGUGCACUGUCAGCGACUACACCCGUGGUGCCGUGGAGCGGAUCUUGACCGUCAGCGGCCCCCAGGAUGCUGCGGCGAAGGCCUUCGGUCUGAUUAUCCGUACCCUCAACAACGAGCCCCUUGAAGCCCCUUCCACUGCCCAGUCCAAGACCUACCCCUUGCGUUUGUUGAUCCCCCAUAUCCUCAUUGGUUCCAUCAUUGGCAAGGGCGGCAGCCGUAUCCGCGAGAUCCAGGAGGCCUCCGGCGCCCGUCUCAACGCUUCCGAUGCCUGUCUCCCCCUGUCCACGGAACGGUCCCUCGUAAUCCUGGGUGUUGCUGACGCAGUGCACAUCGCUACCUACUACGUCGCCGUGACUCUGGUUGAGCAGCUGACCGAGCGCUUUGGCGGCCCUGCUGCCUCGGCGUAUGCCACGCGCAGCGGUGGUCCGGCCGGUGCUGUCCCUGGAGGCAUGCAGGUGGUGCCCUACGUGCCCCAGCCCGCUGGAGGUCAGUAUGGCCACCCCGACACCUUCAAGCGUCACAACCAGCACCCCAACCGCGGCGCGGCAGGCGGCUAUGGCGUUCCCUACUUGCACGGCGGCCCUGCGGCUGCGACCCCCGUUGCCCAGCCCGCAUCCAUGCACUACGGCGGCACCCCCCAGACCCCGUACGCCGGCGCUGGCCCUCACCAGCCCGCUCCCUACGGCGCUCCCCAGGCGGCGCAGGCUCGUGGCGGCGCUGGCCCGACCCCGGCAGCCCCCGUGGCCGGCGGUGCCAUGCCCGGCCAGCCACUGACCCAGCAGAUCUACAUCCCCAACGACAUGGUCGGCGCGAUCAUCGGCAAGGGCGGUGCCAAGAUCAACGAGAUCCGUCACCUGAGUGGCAGCGUGAUCAAGAUCAACGAGCCCCAGGAGAACAGCAACGAGCGUCUGGUCACGAUCACCGGCACGCAGGAGUGCAACCAGAUGGCUCUGUACAUGCUGUACUCGAGACUGGAGAGCGAAAAGCACCGCAUCUAAGCCCGGGGGGUGAGUUGAGUCUGCUUCUGCUUUUGCUUUUCCUGUUUCGUCCGUCCGUCCGUUCCGUUUACGUUCCCGGGACAAAUUGUUCUUCCUGUUCGACAACAACAACAUUUUCCGGUGUG